UGAUUGAGGCUUUAAAGACGGCGGCGUGCAGUGGUGCUUACACCUCGCCGCCAUGACGCUAGUCGCCUUCUCGCUGCUCACGCUGCUGCUGGCCUGGCGCGGCGGCUGUGCCCUGCAGGAGGAUCUGUCAGUGUCUGAGCUUCUGUGGCGUGCCAACAAAGAUGUGGUUCACUCGGUGGAUGAACCUCUGGUGGUGGACGACAUCGCGUACGAGCCUAACGAGCAGAAGAACGCUGACCCGUGCACUUCUAGAGAAUGCAUGUGGCCUAAAGAUCCACUCUCCGGGAAAGUCUUUGUGCCUUUUGUCAUCGCCUCGCAUUAUUCAUCUCGUGAGCGCUCCAUCAUCUUGCGUGGCCUGACGUCCUUCGACUCGGUCUCCUGCAUCCGCUUCGUGCCGCGCACCAACCAGAGAGACUACCUGACCAUCCAGUCCAACAACGGUUGUUACUCCUACGUGGGACGCAGAGGCAACAGCCAGACCUUGUCCCUGGACCGCCAGGGCUGCUUGUACCACAGCACCGUCCAGCACGAGCUGCUGCACGCUCUGGGCUUCAACCAUGAGCAGUGUCGCUCCGACAGGGACCGACACAUCCGAGUCCUAUGGGAGAACAUUCAGCCUGGUUGGGAGUACGCCUUCGACAAGAUGAACACACUGAACAUGAACACGCCUUACGACUACAAGUCUGUCAUGCAGUACCACAGGUACGCUUUCUCUGGCAACAACAAGCCCACCAUGAUGCCCAUCCCCAACGCCAACGUCAACUUCGGCGACGCCACCCAGAUGAGCAGCAACGAUGUCCGCAGGGUGAACACGUUGUACAAGUGCUGACAGGUGGCAACAUCACGACCAGGGCACCAGAAAAAGUCGCUGGAUUCUUAUCGAAAAAAAUGUAAAAAAUAAAAAUGUUUCAACCCAUUUUAAAACAUAUUUUCAAAAACGGAUUCUUAUUGAAAUAAAUUGUUAAAAAUAAAA